AUGCACUGGGAUGAGCUGGGAGCUGAGGGGCCACGCUGGGCUGCGGGCCGUGUACUGGUCCGUACUGGGGCGCACUGGGCGGCCCCGCCGGGCAGCGGCAGCCGCGGGUGUGUCUGUCCCGCGCAGAAAGCGAAGCCCAGCGGGUCCGGCAGCAGAUCGAAGCAGGACAAGUCCCGAACGCCGGGCCGGGCCGAGCCGCGGCAGUCCAAGAAGGGAGCCUCCCGAGGCUCCGGGCGGACCGAGCCCGCCGUGUCCCCGGACGCCGAGCCCCGGGAGCCGCUGGAUGUGGGGCCCAUCCUGGACGAGCUCCUGGAGCGGGUCCUGACCGAGAGCGCGCAGGCGGCCGUGGCUCGGCAGUGGCGCUUCCUGGUGAGGGACGACGAGGACCCGGACCCCGAGGGGGACCCGGACCCCGAGCGGGACGGAGUCUGGAAGGAGGACGAGGAGCCCCCAGCCCACUUGUGGGACUCGUGGACACCGGGCGUUAUCCCCGUCGUGGACGUCUCUCUGCCCUCGGAAGAGGACCUGCCCGAGGAUCUCUCCGUGGCAGCCGAAAUUCCGCCCGUGCGUCCCGGCGAGGUCCCCGGCGCUGCUCCCGCCCGGGAUGUCCCUGUGUCCCCCGGGCAGGUCCCGUCCGGAGACGUCCCCGUGGCAGCUCACGCUGAAGGUCCCCUCGGCCAGGACACAGCCCUGGGUGUCCCUGUGCCCCCGGGCCAGCCCCGCUCCGCAGCCGCCGCAGCUCCUCCCAGGCCACGACAGCCCCGCCGCAAGCCAACCAUGGCUCCCCAGCCCCCCAGGAGGGGCCGCCAACCCUCCCGAGCCCCCGAGAGGAGCCUCCGACCCUCCCGGCCCCCGCGGCCCCGGGCGGCCCCGCCGGCCGCGCCCCGGCCCCCGGCUCCGCCACCGGCCGCGCCCUCGGAGCCCGCGGCACCGGCAGCGCAGGAGCCCCGCGAGGGCACGGCGAAGGUCGGCGACCAAGAGGCACGGCCGCCAUCCUCCUCCUCCCUCUCCAGCGUGCCGUCCAUCCAGCCGCGCAGACCCUCCCGCAGCCCCGGCGUGCCCAGGCUCGGUGCCCGGCGCGGUGCCACCCGCUGGGUGCUGCCCGAGGUCAAGGUGGUGGACGCGAGCGGCGAGCCCGAGCGGGGGCGGGCGGGAGCCUCGAGGAGCCGGUUACUCCUGCCGGGAUCCGUGCAGGUGCUCCCGGGAGCCGGGCGGGUCCCCAGGACCGAGCCGCAGCUCUGUGACCCCUGGCUGGCCUCGGUCCGCCUGGCACCCGGUGUCACCGUGCGCUGGGGCGGCAGCGAGCGCCGCGGGCCGGCCCUGGCGGGGCACGGCGACGACGAGCAGGGGGAGGAGGCCUUGAGGAAGGCGGAGGACGACCUGAAGCCCAUCCUGCCCUACCCGGAGUGCCGGCUCUCGGAGUACAAAGAGUCAGAGGAGGAGCCGGAAAACCCGCUGGGAGCGCGGCAGCUCCCGGGGGCUGUCCCGGCUCCGGACGGAUCCCCGUCGCCCCGGGUCUCGCCGGUACCGGAGCUGGCACCGGGCGUGGCACCGUGGGACGCUCCCGGAGCUCGGGGCUCUACGCUAGCGCUCCCGAAAAGAACAGAACGCUCAUCGAGGGUCCGCUCUGGCGGCCCUACAAAACAGGAAACCCCAAACUCAGGCCCGCCCUGGAUGUCCCUCUGCCCCCGGACCAGACACUCUGCUGUCCCUGCUCGGCUGCCAGCGGCUCACGGAGCAGAGGGACUCGUGCCGUGCCGUGCCGUGCGGUGCCACCGGCCGGGCAAAGGUCCUGCUGUGACCUCUGUCCCCAGCCCCACCCCGCGCCCGGCCAUGGAGCUGCUGGGGGCUCUGAGCCCCCCGGGGUGGCUCCUGCUGGCCCUGCUGCUGGCCCUGCUGCUCUGCGCCACGCGAAGAAGCCCCUGGGAUCCCCGCAAGUGUCCCACCGACCUGACGGGCAAGACGGUGAUUGUCACCGGAGCCAACAGCGGCAUCGGCAAGUGCGUGGCCAUGGACCUGGCACGCCGCAACGCCCGCACCAUCCUGGCGUGCCGGAGCCGGGAGCGGGGCCAGGCGGCCAUGGAGGAGAUCCGGGCGCUCACCGGGAACCCGGCGGUGCUGCUGAGGCUGCUGGACACCGGCUCGCUGGCCUCGGUGCGCGCCUUCGCCGGCGCCGUGCUGCGCGAGGAGCCGCGCCUCGACGUGCUGGUCAACAACGCCGGCGUCACCGGUUUGCCCUUCGCCAUCACGUCGGAGGGGUUGGAGCAAACCUUCGUCACCAACUACCUGGGCCCGUUCCUGCUCACCAACCUGCUCCUGGACCUCCUGAAGGCCUCGGCGCCCGCCAGAGUGGUCAACGUGUCGUCGUUCCGGCACAGCGUGGGCACGGCCGACAGCGGGUACCUGACGGGGCAGCGGCGCCCGGGCGGGCACGACGCCGCCUACAACAGCACCAAGCUGAUGAACGUGCUCUUCACCGCCGAGCUGGCACGGCGCCUGCAGGGCACAGGGGUGACGGCCAACGCGCUGAGCCCCGGCGUGGUGAGCACCAGCAUCAUGCGCCACUUCAGCUGGGCCAUGCGGGCGCUCUUCGUCCUCCUCCGCCCCUUCAUGAAGUCGGCAGAGCAGGGCGCUGCCAGCACCAUCUUCUGCGCCGUCUCGGAGGAAGCCGCGGGCAUCAGCGGGAAAUACUUCGACAGCAGCUGCCGGCUGGCGCUGCCCUCGGCGGCCGCCCGCGACCCCGCGCUGGCACGGAAGCUCUGGGAGGCAUCGGAGCGGCUCACGGGGCUCACGGAGCAGGACUGAGCCACCGGGAUGUCACCCCUCAGCGCGGGAAGGGGGACACGG